AUGACAACCUUCAACUCGAGAUUGACUGUGCCCCGAAGCUAUGAACGACGUCUGCCAAGUAGUACGGACGGGAGAUUUGUGAUUCUGGAUGAGAAAAACAAGGACUCCGACUCGUUUGAUGAGACCUCAAGUUCGGACAAUGACUCUACUGACAAUGCGCAGUUCUCCAGAAGUAAGUUGACCGCCGGGUUUCUGUGUAAAAUUAGCAAGUUUUGUUAAUUUUUUGAUGGUAAUCUUCAGAUAUUGUUCUGGUAAACUUUUCUAGUUUUGAAAAAAUUUUUUUAUAAUAAUUUUUUCUAAAAUAUAUCCGAGACUCCUAGCUCGCGCUUUGCAGAAACUACCGAGAUUUUUAGAUCGAAAGUGGGCGAAAAUUUGAGACUUUUUGCCGAAUUUCGGCACGACAAAGUUCCUUACCUAUUCCUACCGUAAAGGCUAGUGUUUCUACAAAAAAUCAAUUUUCUCCGCACGAAACUAACAAAGUUAUGGCCAAAAAGUGUUUUUCUUUCUGACCGCUCUCCACGUUUAGCGUACCCUCUCGGCGACAAAGAUCAUUCAAUAUCUCGGGGGCGCCUGUAAAGCGCGAGCUAAAACUUUCAGGAAUUGAUAUUUAGUCUAUGCCAAACGUGUGUGAAAAAUUUAAAGAAAAUCUGAGCGUUGCACUUGUGGUACUUCUCUUGCUAAUUGUUUGCUCGCAAUGACCUAACCACGAAAAACAAGUUUAUUAAGGGUAUUCGGUAUUUUUGAAAUUUUGAUGUAUUUUUGUUGUAUGUUUUGCCCUGAUUAUACAAUGAACUGCGGAAACCAAUGACGUCAUACUAGUUAUCAAUCGGCAUUUACCCCCAAAAAGACAGCGAAAGGACACUACAAGUAUAUAAUCGAGCGGAGAGAUCACUUUAUUCUCAAGACCUGAAGGGCCAAGGAUUUUAUUUUCGUGAAAGCGAGUGAUAAAGAGGGGGUGCAGCCGGGUUUGAACCAUAAAGACGCUCUCUUUGUCAACAACAAGAAAUCUUUUUUCCAGGUUGUUAUAUCAGUAAAUGCUCCUCGCCCAACAUUCCUCAUCUAAAUUACAGUAUCAGCCAGCCAGGUCGGAUGACGACUGCGCAUUCCACUUCGCGCUUUAAGGUCAGUGAUCUUGUUGUUUUUGUUAUGAAAAGAUUGCUUUUAUAAAAAAGUCUUUAAAAUGUCAUAACAAAAAUUCCCAGGGGUUUCUUGUUUUUCCAGAGAGGUGUUUUGGUCAGCCUUAUUUAUUGCAUUUGUUGACCGGGACCGGCACAAAAAGUAAUGUUCUCCUAACCAACAAUUAUGUAACAUUACAUUUUCCUCUAAUUCCUACCUCCGACUUUAUUUUCCAUUACAUUAAGAAACUUUUUCGAUGUUACCAUUAACCUCCAAUACUCCAGAUCGUUCCAAUCGAGUCCAAGUACAAGCGUGGUCGAUGGGAGGCCUUCGAUUUCUACGACUCCAAGGAACCUAAACGGCCAAUGCUCUCGGAGAACGGGGCCAACCGAGGUAUUUAAAGAGGGAUCCGAAUUGGGGCCUCAGGGCAUUUAUUUAUUUAUUUUUUUAGACACCGGCUGGACAAACACUUUCCCGUUAGAUUUGGGCUUUCCAACCGGCCCCAAUCGCCCUCAGGCCAUGUCGCAGACUGCGCCCAGGGCCCCGCUAGCCACGCCCGAGCCCAUGUCCAGCCGAUCCUUGGUUUCGGAAUUGGAUGAAGGCGAACAAGAAAACAAUAGCCCGUUCAAAGUACGCUUUCUUUUAUUACGUUUUCCUUUUCCUGCAUCAAACGCAGUCAUCUUUACAGUUCCCGGCAAAUAUCCGAAUUCUGGGUGAUACCGUAAACGAAGACAGGACCCUCGUAAACGAGUCCUUCGGCGAUGAGAAAUCCAAACUGCCGACUUCACCCGAGUUCUGUGAGUUUUCCUUAUCAGUUUUGAUUUGUUUCUUCCAGUCUCGGGUCCCCUAAGUGGGCGAAUUACUCCUUCCGAGAUGUUGCAUCAGUAUGGAUUAGAGAGAUCGUUGUCGGCGACUUCUUACGCAACCGAUGGUACGGUGCAUGUGACCUCGAACAGGUAAGAAAAGUCAUCCAAAACAGCUGGGUCCAGCAAUUAAGGCCUUAGGGAUUGAUAAAUGGGACCAAAGGUAGUCCAUGGCCUGAGGGUAUCAAGGGUUGUGGAAAUAGACAUAAGGAGAUUGACGACGAGGAGACGGAUGGGUUGUAAAGGGAGGGUCUACUGUAGUGUUUUGGAGAGCUCUUCAAUUGUUAUGUUGCUCUGGAGUCCUGUUAGCCUUCGUAGUUUGCAACAUGGUCUUGUGUUACUUAUUUAUUAUUUAUUUUAUGGUAGCUAUUCUGCAAAAGCUAUUUACAAUUAGUUGCGCAAUAACCAAGUAAAUGUGUUUUUCAGUAAUCUUAACUUGUUGAACUUAUGUUUUGCUCUUUGACUUCCUCAUCUUCGAGACAUAAUUAGGCGUGUUUGGGUCUACUUUGUUUAUAUUCGAGCCUUAAAGACGAUCUGCAAAUACUUGAUGGGACGUGUCUUACGAGCUACGAAACGAACAUCGCCUCAAGGUUCCGAUUUUAGAUCAUGAUAAACAACUUUUUGUGAACUCGUGGCUCUAAUCUCUCCUCCUCAUUCAAAAGUGAACAAGUUGUGGGCACGGAAGGGUCUAUUAGUACUGUGAUUGAUAGUACAAUGUCUCAUGCCUCUCCUUUGAUGACCAUGUUGGUCGCUAAUCCAGCCACAGCCACCUUCACCUUGCUCAAGGACGACAUUGAUCCGUUAUUGGAAUCGCUGUUCAGUAAUUGGUAUCGUGAUGAAACUCGGAACCGGAUUACGUCAUCAUGGUAAGACGAGAGAUGGGUACAACUACUGUAUUUGAGUGUAGUUUCUGUCUUUUUAAAACAACUCAAGGACGAUUUUUUGAGGUCAUAGAAGGGUAAUCAGAUAGGAUUAUAUAUCAGAGACAGUAGAUUUGCUCUUCUUAAAAUCAAAUCUACUCUCAAAGCAUAAGAGUACGGCCUACGGACAGCCUAUAUUAAAUAUCUGCUGCUUCAAAAGUCAUGAAAUCGAUGAAACCUGAGCCAGGGAACGUCUGAAGGAAAACAUUUUCUGUUUAUGGAUAAAGUAACAAGCAGGGGGCGAGGGAAAGAGUAAACAAUAAAGUCGAGGGAAUUCCUAACUAUUUCCAAACGUCUCGAGUCGAAAGGGAUUUGAGGUGUUUUGAAGAGUAAUGGGAGGAAAGAAGGGCCUGGUGGUUGUCAGCGACUAUGUAAAAUAAUAUUAUUUCCUUGUUCUUUUGGCCAGACUCAAUUUUUGGUCUUUUGGAGAUAAAGAAAAACAAAAGAUCGGGGAAGGAGCAAAGAGGAACAUAGCAACAGCCAGAUCCGGCAUUUGUUAUCUCCGUUUCUUUUGUUGAGGGACUCAAAACAAAACAAUAACCAUUUUAUUAUAAAUAAUGGGCCAUUCCUUAAGAAGUUUUUUAUUUAUCCGGAAGUACCAUGUAAGUGUAGGCCUAUGGAAGUUCCUGAUAUUCGAUUUCCUUAAUCGACUGACAGUAUAUUUUUUUAUUUAUACCGAGUGCUUUUGUAAUCCGCUGAUGACGUCACGCUGUUAAUUUGACAAGUUCGGAUUCAGGAUUCUCCUGAUCUUUCUUCCUCCUUGACCUCGAGUCUAAUAUAAUGUUAUUCCGGGAGUCCAAACUUCGGAGCUGGCUGAAUGGAGAGUCGCUUUUUGCCCCAGGGUAAGUGUCUGCCCGGAGGCCGUUUUUGUUUACUUUGUGAUUGUGGCUAAAUAUGGAUGGGGAACGGGGCUCAUGCAUAAUCCCUUUGAUCGGAAAAGUUGUGAAAACCCUUCAAAGACUGAGGGGAGGUACCUGGAAGGCCGAUCAAAACAAGAAUAAUAUAUUGAUAGAGGCGAGAGCGGGCUCCAUUGGGAAGCAACAGUGUUAGUUUUUGUAAAAAAGUUCAAAAGGCCCCCUUACAUUCGGCGAGGAACCCGUUCCUUUGAAGACUGCCCGAUCCGGCCUGUGGGUGUUUCGUCAUCUGAUUCCGUCGAUUCUGCGACGGUACCCAAGAAUCGGGCAGUGGAAGGGCCUUACUAUUUUGCUGCCACUGCGCUUGCCAUAUGACCUAGUUAUCGGAAACGUGACAUUGUUUGCGGGUCUGAUUAUAUUCUACUACUCGGUUCUGAUGAUCAUGAACAAUCGAAUAGCCUUGGCUCGUCGGCGUCACUCCUUUAAUCCAGAACAACUCCAUGUGUCUCCCCUGGCCACUUGUUCGAAUGGCUCGGUCUCUCCUCGAGCAGUUCUAACUCGAAAUCGAAGAUCUUUUGUUUUCAGUAACCAUGCCAUUCCCACCAACACCAUUCCGUCGGCGAAUUCCACUAAUCCAACGGCUCCUCCUCAACAAUCCACUGGCCAACAGAUUGUGGCUAUCGACUCUAAGAUCGAGCAAGCCAUGGUGAGUGUUUUUCAUCACAUUUACUUCCUCCAUAACCCGGGUUUCCUUUUUCAUCAGCUCUCUUUUCCAAAAUCAAUUCUUUUCUUGUCUUCUCUCCCACUCUCCCAUCUUCUCCAACUCUUUGUUUUGCUAUUGUAAAUCUGUUUGCUCCGCCUCUUUUCAUUGCUGAAUCGACCAAAGAUUCGUAGUUCGGGUGUUCAAAUGUACGGUCGAUUAGUUGCAUCACCCUGGACCUUCCAAUCAUGAUUUAUCAUACCAUUUCAUUACUCCACCUACUCAAGGUCGAUGCCAAUUGAAGGAAAAGGCUUUGAUUGGGAUGUAAACAUCCAAACUGAGGUUGUAAUUGGAUUAGAUGUAGGUAAUUGGAUGAUCAACUUUCUGAGUAUGGAACUUACAAUUAAUAGGAAGGGUUUGAAAAGUCUAAAUUUAAGUCAGAGAUAAACUUUUGACACAUACUUGACAAGGCAAAGUUAUAUAAUAUCACCUUUACUCUUUUCACGUAUUCGUUGAGUCUUUAUGUUGACAUUACAAUCUUAAUUUCGGGGAAUCUUACACUGAACAAUGGCGUCUGAACGACUGACCUCCGAUUACAGUCCCACGCCUGCCUUGACUGAUAAGCAGUAGUGGAGUAGUGGGCUGGCGGUAAACCGAGCUACCUUCAGCUUCCCAAAUGUCAACAAGAAUGUCACGUUUUGUGAAAAACUUGUUUUGGAUCUAAUUACCGUAACCGAGUGACCUUGCCACCAUAUAAUGUAAUCUUUAAAGAUACUAUGCCGGGGUCAGAAGCCACGCCCUUUACAAUUUCUCCUUUAAAUUGGUCUUUUGUUCACUUAUGUGAUUAUUCCCUCUUGCAAAAACAACCAGUUUUGUUUUAUCGUCGCCUUCUUGUAUAAUAUUAUAUAAUGUGGAGUUCGGAGAAAGACUUUGGCCAACAUUUCGCGGUAGGGAGAGUUGUUUUAAGGUCUUAUCGAUUGAGAAUUUGAAAGAUCUUCUUGUUUACUCAAGACGAUUACGGUAUGAUUAAUGAUUUGUUGUUGUAGGAUCUAGUGAAAACCCAUCUGAUGUUCGCAGUUCGGGAAGAAGUGGAGAACCUUCGCUCCAGAAUCAUGGAACUUGAGACUACGGUAAGGACUUUACUACACUAUCAGAUUGUCGUACACAUCUGCAUUAUCUUUUCCUCGAUGUGUUCAUUCGACCUUACGGUAUUAUUUCUCAUUAAUUAAUACAGGGUGGGGCAUCUUUGUGGCCCGAUUUGAAUUGACUAUAACUUCUUUAGUUUUUGGCCAAAUUUUAAAAUUCUUUUUUUCCCUGAAUCGUCAGCCAACCCCAUUUUGUUUGAUACCAAAUAUGUUAUACAUAGGUGAGCGUCAUCUACAGUUAUUGGAUUUAUUCUUGAAGUUCAUUUUUUUGGUUGUUUUUCGGUUGUUUUUUCGGCCUUUCCCGGUGUGUCCGAAAAUGGAGUCCGGUGUGGAAGAAAAGGCUUGGUCUGUGGUUUGGUAUAGAAAGUACGGUUCGGCGUUAAAUUUUCAAAUGGGGAUACCGCAUGAAAUACGGACGUAAUGCCUAACCUCCAGAUCGCAAGACAAUUCGACGUUCGUGGAAUAAGUUUCUUGAGACUGCCAGCGUUAACAGGAAACAAAAAAAGCAGGAAAGAUGGGUAUGAACGGAUUUGAAAAUUGAAGAAGUUUUGUCAAAAUUCCGAGAAAAUCCGCAUAUGAGUACACGAAGUUUGGCCAGAACCGAGGGAAUGCCUUCACCAUGGACCAUUCGACGAACUCUGGAGGUUGAUCUUCACUUUUUGUUCUUAUUCUCAUCGUCGAUUUUCGGGAGGGUAAAUUCCACCGUAUUUUUCUUCCGGACCGUACUCCAUUUCUGGACACACCGGGAAAGACCGAAAAAACAACCGAAAAACGACCGAAAAAAUGAACUCCAAGAAUAAAUCCAAUAACUGUAGAUAUACACUUACUAUGUAUAACAUAUUUGGUAUCAAACAAAAUGGGGUUGGCUGACGAUUCAGGGAAAAAAAGAAUUUUAAAAUUUGGCCAAAAACUAAAGAAGUUAUAGCCAAUUCAAAUCGGGCCACAAAGAUGCCCCACCCUGUACUUUCUUCCCUUUGCAUCCAGCCACGUGGGGGAUAAUUGUGCUUGACUGUUGGUCGUUUCGUCAAAUGACCUUCGAAUUCUUCCGUUCCAAUCUUAUCCGUCUUUCUUCAGGUAGUUCAUUUGGAAGCCGAGAACUCGAUUCUUCGAGAACAUGUUCCCCAGGAUGUCCUCCAAAGUCUAAGCAUACAACCACAAACGGGCGGUCUGGCCACUAUGGGCUAG